AUGAAGAUGACCAUCACCGCGUACCACCCGGUGGCAGUCUGGAAGUGGGACACCUCCACGGAUCCCCACAAGCUGUACCACCAUGCACAACGCAGUGGGACAGCCGCUGCUGGCGGCUACGACGACGAGGACGAGGACGAGGACGACGUGUGUGGCAUCUGCCGCCUGGCAUUUGAGAGCUGCUGCCCAGAGUGCAAAGUGCCAGGAGACGACUGUCCACUGAUCUGGGGCGAGUGCACACACGUCUUCCACAUGCACUGCCUGCUCAAGUGGGUCGACACCGAGUCGUCCAAGGGCCAGUGCCCAAUGGACCGUAGACCAUGGGCGACCGCGGACCGCAAGCCCGACCGCCUGCCGACCACUGCGGACGGGGCACCUGUCGCCUCUGUGGCGCCUGGGCCAUUGACGAGGGACGACGAGUCGUUCAACGACGAUGUGGAGCUUGUGGAGGGUGAGGAGUACAGUGGAGGCGAAGAGGACGAGGCCGACGGCGAUGAGAUUGAGUAUGACGAGUAG